AUGUCCGACUGGACGACGAGCGCUUUGCUGCAUUUGUACGCACGCAGCGGCCGAGCAGACGCAGCUCGAAUCCAGCUCCGACAUGGCGCCGACACGGAGAUCCGCGACGUACAGGCCCUCACAGCACUACUACUCGCAGUACGAUACAACCAGCUGGAAGUGCUUCAAGUUCUGCUUCAGAAAGGUGCACGCACGGACGCGUCCGCGCCUCUGGGUACAAAUUUCGAGUAUGGACCCGAGCUGGGUACCUGCCUCCACUUCGCGACCGAGAGCGGCCACGUACAGAUUCUCAAGUUCUUAGUGAUAGCUGCAGCGCUAGAUGCGGACGAUCGCACUAGUGGACCACAGCAAAUGACACCACUGCACUUGGCUGCACGACUCGGUCGUGCAGAUAUUGUACGCUUCCUGAUUGGACGUCCAGAGCCUCAAUAUCUCUUCGACGCAGCGCAUGUCGAAGUUGUGGAAGCACUUAUCCACGCAGGUGCAGCACUGGACGUACGUCGGUCAAGUGACUGGGCUACCCCGCUGCGGUCGGUGUAA